AUGGGCCGUCAUUUCAACGUCUGGUCCCUGAUAUUUCUUGCCUGCUGCACCAGUGUCACCUGGGAAGCCCUCACCUCGACCAUGGCCCAAUCUCUUCGGGCGGGUGGCAGCUCCAGCCUCGUGUGGGGAUUCGUCGCCGCGGCUAUCGGCGCUCUAAGUAUCGCUCUCUCGCUCAGCGAGUUCGCCAGCAUGGUUCCAACAGCCGGCGGGCAAUACCACUACGUGGCCGCCCUGUCUCCCCUCAAAUAUAGACGCCUAUUUUCAUGGAUCGCCGGCUGGGCUACCAUCUGGAGCUGGGUUCUGUCAACACUGACAGGUAUCUUCUCCAAUUCCAUGCAGCUGCAAGCCUACAUCAUCUUGUUUGCUCCAGACUACGUGUAUCAGCGAUGGCACACAAGCAUGAUCGUCAUUGGUAUGACCACCUGCUUUCUCGGUAUCAACAUCCUUGGCACUCGCUGGCUGCAUCGAUUGACCUUCUUGGGUAUCGUGUUGCACAUUGCUGGAUAUGUCGCCAUCAUCGUUUACCUGUUGGCGACGGUGCACCCAAAGAAUACGGCCGCUUACGUCUUCUCAGACCUGACCAACCUGAGCGGGUGGAAAAGCGACGGAGUCUCGUGGUCAAUCGGUCUGAUGAGCUCUGCUAUAGCUUUUAUUAAUUGGGACUCGGCUACACAUAUGGCGGAGGAGAUGCAGAAUGCGUCGAGGGAUCUUCCACGAGUCCUAUAUGGCUGCGUUGCUCUUUCCGGUAUCAUCACAUUCCCUUGGGUGAUCGCCCUGGCCUUCUGUAUGACGGACAUCGAGGGCGUGCUAAAUGGGCCGGUUGGACGGAUCUACCCGUUGGUGCAGCUCAUAUACAACGUUUCCGGUGGCAGUCAAUCCAUGACAAUAGGACUCACCUGGUUCUACCUUUUCCUGGGGUUCUUUGUUGGCGGACCAGGGUGCAUGGCCGCGUCGUCCCGCGUCAUCUGGUCAUUCGCCCGAGAAGGGGGUCUUCCCGACUGCUUUUCACGCGUCCACAGUCGCUUCGAGGUCCCCGUCAACGCAUUGUUGUUGUCAUGGGUAUCGAUAUCCGCGCUAGCCCUGAUUUACAUCGGCAACGAAACCGCAUUUUACGGACUCGCCUCCGGUGUGACGGUGGUCAUGAUUUUCUCGUACGCAAUGCCCAUCUUCCUCCGGCUUAUCUACGGCUUUAAGCACUCGAAUUUGCAGCCCGGUCCAUUCACGCUCGGCGCCUGGGGCCUGCCAAUUAACAUCUUUGCCGCGUGCUGGUGCACCUACCUCAUUAUCUUCAUGUGUCUCCCCACUCUCAUGCCUGUAACGAAGGAAAAUAUGAACUACGCGGUUCUUAUCUUUGGAGCAAGUUUGUUGGUCGCUGCAGGCACAUGGUGGGUGUAUGGUCGUCGGGUUUAUCUCGGGGUUCUGGCUGAGGGAGAUAGCCCUUUUCAUGAGGAGACUGUGGUGGAUCAACAGAUUGGACAUGAGAAGAAAGGCUCAGUUGCCUCUUCUGAUAUAUAG